GUUCCAGGAUCGAAGGUAGCUUGCUAAUAAGGUCCGACCGAUGGCGGACAUGCAGAUCGUCUUGUCCGGGAGGAAGAUCGAGGCGCAGUAUGUGGAGAUGAAGGUGCCGCUCUACUCCUACGGGUGCGAGAAGAAGAUCAAGAAGGCACUCGCGCAUCUGAAAGGGAUACAUUCGGUGCAGGUGGACUACCACCAGCAGAAGGUGACCGUGUGGGGGAUCUGCAACCGCGAGGACGUGCUCGCCGCCGUCCGGAAGAAGCGGAGAGCGGCGCGGUUCUGGGACGGCGACGAGCUGGGGCCGGGCGAGCAUGUGCCGGCGCCGGGAGACGCUCCCAAGCAGUACCUGGCGGCGUUCACCGCGUACAGGUUGAGGAAGUCGUGGAAGAAGCUGUUCCCGCUGAUCCGGCUGUAAAUCUGGCCGUGAGCUUAGCUUUCUGACAAAGUGUAGGCGUAUUCCGCGCGCGAAUUGGUCGCAGGGAAUGGCAAAAGGGUUGUAACGGUAGCGCGUGCGUGUUGAUAUCGCGAACAAAUCUGCUUCGUUACAGUCUUAGAGACGUGCGAAUCACAACGAUAUACCGUUUGCACGGAUCAAUGCAGUUCGAUCGCCAACUAACA